CGUUCUCCACGAUUGGGGCGAGAAUACGCUCGUCGCGAAGGAAUAGAAAUGGUCAUUCACGAUAAGUCCGAGAGGAGGAGGAGAUCGAGCUGCCGCCGGACAAGAUCCACGCUCAACACCGCGUAAUCCUUCUCUCGAGCGCGCCAGGUGAGCGAAUCGAUCCAAUCCAGCUCUAGCGCCGCGCGCUCGAGCAAUCGAUCGAUCGUUAUCAGGUCAGGGGAGAAUGGGGAAUUGCCUGGGACACGGAUCCAGGGAAAAUAUCCACCAUCACAGGCGCGAUGACAAGAACAACGCCUACGAUUUCCCUCCCAAGGCCAACAAUGCCGCCACUGUCACGGCCGCCCCGGCGCAGCCAUCGCCGCCCUCCAACAAGAACAAUCGCGAGCAGCCGACGACCUCUCCGCUGCCACAGCCCAAGCCGAGCAGCCGUCACGCGCCGACGAUCCACUCCAUCACCGCCAAUGUGCUGGGAAAGCCGCUCGAGGACGUGAGAGCCAUGUACGUCCUGGGCCGGGAGCUCGGGCGUGGCCAGUUUGGGGUCACACACCUCUGCACGGACAGGGCCUCCGGGAAGACUUACGCUUGCAAGACCAUCGCCAAGAGGAAGCUUAUCUCCAAGGCCGAUGUGGAGGACGUGAAGAGGGAGGUCCAGAUCAUGCACCACCUUAGAGGCAACGAGAACAUCGUGGAGCUUCGAGGGUCGUACGAGGACAAGCACUCGGUCCACUUGGUGAUGGAGCUUUGCGAGGGUGGAGAGCUUUUCGACCGGAUCAUCGCCAGGGGACACUACAGCGAGAGAGCUGCCGCUGCGCUGUGCCGGACGAUCGUGAGGGUGGUGUAUAUAUGCCACUCGCUCGGGGUGAUGCACCGGGAUCUCAAGCCCGAGAACUUUCUCCUGGCGGACAAGAGCGAGAGUGCUCCUCUCAAGGCUACGGAUUUUGGACUCUCGGUGUUCUUCAAGCAUGGUGACAAGUUCACGGAUCUGGUUGGAAGCGCUUACUACGUAGCUCCGGAAGUUCUUCGCCGCAACUACGGACCCGAGGCCGACGUGUGGAGCGCUGGAGUGAUCUUGUACAUUCUUUUGUCCGGAGUACCACCGUUCUGGGCAGAAAGUGAGCAGGGAAUUUUCGAUGCUGUCCUUCGCGGCCAAGUGGACUUUGUAAGUGAUCCAUGGCCGUCGAUUUCGUCAUCGGCCAAGGAUUUGGUGAAGAAAAUGUUGACGCAAGAUGUGAAGAAAAGGGUCACUGCGGCAGAAGUUCUCAGCCAUCCUUGGGUGAGAGAAGAUGGUGAUGCUCCAGAUGCACCACUUGAUAAUGCGGUAUUGUCGAGGAUGAAGCAGUUCACCGCAAUGAACAAGCUAAAGAAACUGGCGCUCAAGGUCAUUGCAGCAAGCCUCUCGGAAGAAGAGAUCACAGGACUCAAGGAAAUGUUUAGCAGCAUGGACACAGACGGCAGUGGCACCAUUACAUUCGAUGAGCUCAAAGUUGGUCUUGAAAGGCUGGGAUCCAACCUCAGGGAUGCGGAAAUCCGCCAGAUCAUGAACGCUGCCGAUGUCGAUGGAAACGGGACGAUUGACUAUCUCGAAUUCAUCACAGCCACAAUGCAGAUGAACAAGAUGCAAAAGGAAGAUCACUUAUAUUCCGCGUUUCAAUUCUUUGACAACGACAAUAGCGGGUACGCGCUUUCUUUCCUUAAGCUUUUCAUGGAUGACCGGCUUCUUCGUGACAGCUACAUCACGAUGGAGGAGCUGGAAGAAGCUCUAGUUAAAUACGGUAUGGGCGACCAUGAAACAAUGAAGGAAAUUCUUAAAGAAGUGGACACAGACAACGAUGGAAAGAUUAACUACGACGAGUUUGUAGCCAUGAUGACUAAAGGAGCUGCGCCAAGCAGCGAGCAACAAAACAAUAGAAGAAAAGGCCAGGAACUUCCCGUGGGAGCUCCAAGGCACAGGAAAUAAGUACCUGUGGGAAAAACUUGGGUUCGCUUUUAUUUUCUUUUUGCCUUGAGCUUUGGAUUUUUGCUAAUCAAAAUAAGUCGCAGAGAGAAAUUACAGUCA